GCUGUGUGUGAGAUGUGAUGUGUGUUGUGUUGAAAGCUGUGUGUGUGAUGUGUGUUGUGUUGAAAGCUGUGUGUGUGAUGUGUGUUGUGUUGAAAGCUGUGUGUGAGAUGUGAUGUGUGUUGUGUUGAAAGCUGUGUGUGAGAUGUGUGUUGUGUUGAAAGCUGUGUGUGAGAUGUGAUGUGUGUUGUGUUGAAAGCUGUGUGUGAGAUGUGUGUUGUGUUGAAAGCUGUGUGUGUGAUGUGUGUUGUGUUGAAAGCUGUGUGUGUGAUGUGUGUCGUGUUGAAAGCUGUGUGUGAGAUGUGAUGUGUGUUGUGUUGAAAGCUGUGUGUGAGAUGUGAUGUGUGUUGUUAGAUGUUUUUUUUACUGCUGUUCUUUAUUUACUUGUUACUUUUAUUUCUUAUUUGUAAUUGUAAUUUUUAAAGUGCAUUGUUAGUUAGGGUUUGUAAGUAAGCAUUUCACUGUAAGGUGCGCCGAGAAGACAAUCAAACUUGACUAUCUAGAGGAAGUAAAAGUCGUAAGCUGUUGUAUUCAGCGCUUAUAACUAAUCCAAUUUGAUUUGGAUUUGAUUUGAUGUGUGUUGUGUUUAUUGUUGAUCUAUCUGCUCUCAGGGUUUCAAAGGGAAGCAUGGACAUGUUGGCUUCCCUGGACAGAAGGGUGAUGCUGGACCUGUAGGCCCACCGGGGACAGCUGGUAGACCAGGACUUGAAGGUGACGCCGGAGCCCCAGGGCCUCAGGGUCGACCCGGUCCCCCAGGACAGCUUGGUUCUGCAGGAGCAGCGGGGCCCCCAGGACCGGCAGGCCCAGCAGGAGUGGGUAUAAAGGGGGAGAAAGGCCAGGCUGCAGACAGAGGGCUACCAGGGAUGGUUGGCCCCGCUGGACCCCCUGGUCAUCCAGGAAUGAUGGGAGAACCAGGCAAUGAUGGAGCUGCGGGUAAAGACGGAUCACCUGGCCUGCCAGGAGACAAUGGACAAUGUGGUCAAAAGGGUGAAGCAGGUACCCCAGGUCAGAGAGGCGCCCCAGGGGAGCGAGGUCGCCCGGGACCCCCUGGUGGAGGUGGGUACUCCUCCAAGGCUGAUGCCCCAAUGAUGGGCCAAGUGGGACCCAGGGGAGAGAGGGGCACCCCAGGCUCACCAGGCACUGCAGGGUCCCCCGGACCUCCAGGAAUACCAGGCAAUGAUCCUGUGGUCAACUAUGACAACAUCAAGGACUUCAUUCGCCAGCAAGUCAUCAAGAUCUUUGAUGAGAGGAUGACCUACUUCAUGUCUCGUAUGCAGCAGCCACAAGAGGUGUCAUCUCCCGGUCGUCCUGGACCCCCAGGGAAGGAUGGUAACCCAGGCAGAGAUGGGAAUCCAGGAGCCCCAGGUCAGCCAGGACAGAUAGGUAGAGAGGGCCGCCAUGGACCCUUGGGACCACAGGGUCCACGAGGUCUAAAAGGAGAGAAAGGUGACAAGGGUGUAGGGGAGAUGGGUGACAGUGGACCCCCAGGAGCACCAGGUGUUCCAGGCCCCCCUGGCUAUGGUAAGAUGGGCCCCAGCGGCUCCGUGGGUCAGCAGGGGAUCCCUGGAGUCUCAGGAACCCCUGGACAGCCGGGUCAGAAGGGCAGGGAGGGCCGGUGUAACCCCUCUGACUGUAUGAGCCAACCAAUAGAGUGGAACCCUAAGGGCCCUCCCAUCAAGGGCCCCUACUAGAGAGAAAGUAUUAAAGAGGAGAGGAGGAGAGAUAGAUGAAACCAACCCAAAGACCAGAAGACACUAGAGAGAGGAGAGGAGGAGAGAUAGAAGAAACCAACCCAGAGACCAGAAGACACUAGAGAAAGGAGAGGAAGGGAGAUAGAAGAAACCAACCCAAAGACCAGAAGGCACUAGAGAAAGGAGAGGAGGGGAGAUAGGAGAACCCAACCCAAAGACCAGAAGACACUAGAGAAAGGAGAGGAUGAGAGAUAGAAGAAACAAACCCAAAGACCAGAAGACACUAGAGAAAGGAGAGGAGGGGAGAUAGGAGAAACCAACCCAAAGACCAGAAGACACUAGAGAAAGGAGAGGAGGAGUGAUAGAAGAAACCAACCCAGAGACCAGAAGACACCAGAGAAAGGAGAGGAGGGGAGAUAGAAGAAACCAACCCAAAGACCAGAAGACACUAGAGAAAGGAGAGGAGUGGAGAAGAGAGAACAGAUCAAACAGAAGACCAGAGCUACCGCCCGAUCAACAGAAAUCAUCCCAGGAGAACAAAUGAAUACUGAAGCACCAAUAGUUGGUGUGGAGGACCCAUCCCUAAUUCAUCAAAGGGUUUGCCAGUUAGCUGUCCUUCUCACCGCCUGUGUAGAAAGUAUAUAUGUGUAGGACCUUCCUCUAACUGAUGCCUUGGUACUGGCUGAAGUGGCUUCAAUAAAGGAGAUAGUUGGACUCUGUGCUCUCCUCUCUUUCAUAUAUUUUCCCAACUUUAGCUGCCAGCUCUUUCUAUAUGUUAGACAUGUUUAUGUUGACAAUAACAGCAAGAGCAUAUCCAGCCUUUGAGAAACGACCUGCAAAUUCUUCCUCUUCUUCACAAUCAUCCUCAUCUUCAUUCUGAUUAUAAAAUGUGUCCAUUGGGAGUAUUAGGCAGCUACCUUGUGAUAUUCUGCUUCGAUCUAGCUUCUGUCUAGCCAUAGAAACAAAAUGAAUAGAAUUGACAUGGCACUCCCAUUUCAAAUGCCCAUUCUAAUCGUUCUAUCUCUUUGUACAUUUUGUUUGAUUUCUAUGCUUGAAUAUACUCCCUCAUCACUUGAAUGAUGUCUGAUGCUUUAACAGAUCUGCACGCUUUGUCCUCAAAUCAUGGCCUUAUGAGAAGUUCUCACCUUCUCUUCCCUGUUUGCGUGAGAAGAACAUAAUGUACACCUCCCAAGAGUGCCUGUUUUGUACAUAUUUCUAUUUAUAUGUAGUAGCUUUUUAUACCUUUUGUAUUUUGGAUUUGGCGUCAACAUGGCUAACCGUGUUUUCGCUAUGGUCAACUGUCAGGAAUCCACUAUGAGUGUGGUUUUUAUAAGAGUUAUUUGUUCAUAAAAUAUACAAGAAAUUGGAGAGAAAUUAUAUUUUUAUGUGAAAGUAAAUUGGAUUUCUAUAUGGUGGUAUAAUUAUGCUUUGGAAGAUAUUUUCAUGCUUGCCUUUGUAUAAAGUACAUGGCAUCAUUUUCAAAACUGCCUCAAAACUGGCAACAAAAAAAAAUUAUAGUUAUGUAGCAAUUUAUCAACAAGUCUCUUACAUUAUCAAGCUUAUUUUUGACAACAGAGCAACUGUAAAGGGAUAUUUGUUUCUCGUCCAGCACACCACUGGUUACUGUAACUAAAAUAGGGUUGCACAAUUCAGGUAACUUUCCAAAAGUUCCCAGGGUUUUCAGAAAUCAUUGUUUGGAAGAGGGAGGGGAUAAGCAGAACAUUCGGAAUCCUCCAACCAGGAUUUAUGGAAAACCUGAGGACUUUGGGCAAGUUGCCGUCAUUUGGCCAUGCUUUACGGAAAUAGAUGUUUUAUGACCACUAAGAGAAACAGGCUGAAUUUUCAUAGGAGAGGCUGUUUAGCAUCUUCACCCAAACCUUCGCUGGCAUCGCUGUGCCAAUCAGCUUCCCCUCGUAUCCAUUACUGAGUACAACUUGUAUGUCUCCUGCCUUGUAUGUUGUGUUGUUUUGAAUGUUUGCAGCUUUCCUUGUCAUCUAUACACUACAGGCCAGGGUGUCAGUAAGGGUGUCAGUAAGGGAUUUGUCACCAUGUUUAGAUUCAUAUGGAUGUUCUGAGUUGUUAUUGGAAGGGCCAUGAGGUUUUCCUGAUGUUUUCACUGUACAUAGUGAUUUCUGGUCAGGAAAACCUACUGACCCUAGUUAUACUGAACAACCACCCCAAUAGUUCUCCCCUCUUCAUUCCUAGCUUUCAAAAACAUCUUGUCGAAACAACACCACUGUUCCCCUGCUACUCUCAGUAUAUCUGUUGUGUGUUUUAUGUUGGCAUCACUUUUUGUAAAGAGAUGUUUUUUUUUUUAUGAAAACGUUUCAGAAAGAGUUAAUAAAAUGUUUUAAGCAGA